AUGGCCAUACAACAGCGGUCAACUGAUAGCUCGGAGCCCACCGAUCCACAACAACAAACAGAACAAGUACACACAAAUCAAUCCUCCGAGGAACCUAUCUGCAAAGCUCCACGCAGGUUUCUAGCUCAACCUAUCGAGACAACAUCCCGAAGCUCCCAAGUACCAUCUACCCCCACCUCCACCGCCAACCCCGCCGCACCCAAUGAAGCUCCAUCAUCACCGCAGCAGAAGGAGAACGUCAAGGACAACCCACCCCCACCUCGAAGAAGGUUCCUUCCUGAACCUAUCGAGACCACAACGAGGACUAGCAGUGCAGGUUCAAGCUCAACCAAGCCUAGAAGGUUUACACCAGAGAUCAUUGAAACGGAACGUCGCUCCGUGGACCCCGAUCAACCUCCUAACCGGUACAAUGCAAGAGCUCCAGUGGGACAUCUCGGUCUUCAACCAGAGCGAUCCCGUUCACCAGCACGGCUAACCCCGAACCGUGCCAUUCCCCAUCCAAUCGAGUCGAAGUUCUCAUAUGCAAACCUUCUCCGCCGACAAGACCAGUCUCGAAGGCAUUCCUUUCGAGUGCCAGAGCUCCCUUCCAUCGCGUCCGACAGCAGCGAGGAAUCAGACACUGCUUCUGAGUCUCGAUCGGUGUCCACGUCCCCCAAAAAACGGCCCACUAAAACCGCCAAGUUUCAACAGGACAAUAGUACUGGAGACACACUCCAAGAAAGUGGUGAUUCUGGCGAGUUUUCCGAUUACCUGCUUUCGCUCGCUGCACGCUCUGCCGAACAACAAUUGAAAGACCAGGCACUAGCUGCGUUUCCCAAUGAACAGGUCUAUCAGCACUUUGAUCACUUCGCCAUCGAUGACGAGGCACCGUCAAGAAAUUCAGAUGAAGAGGAGAAUUGGAUGUACCCACCAAAGCACCAUCUCAAGUCUCGGAGACAAUCUUCAGCAGAUCUAACGUGGGAACUCGAGCACCUGCGUCAUCACAAGGAAGAAGCAGAACAACGCUCGAGAGUAAUGACCAGACGGCGGAAACCGGACCUCAAACUUUCCGAACCAAAGCGCUUGGGUCCAACCCCUCCAAUGCUAGGAGGAGAUAUCAUCCUACCACAAAGUCUAUCUCCGAUAGGGUCAUUCUCCAAGAACAAUGGCAGCCAGAGCGAAUCAAAUCCAUGUACCGACUGCGGUGCCCUCUGGUGCGGGCCAAGCCGGCCAGAUAACGGGCGAGGAUCCGGUCUGUGGAUGGGCACAUGUCAAAAGGAUGAAGAAUCAACCAAUAACCGCGGCUCUCAAAUCAUGACUGGGAUCAUGACUCCAAUGAUACGGGAUGAAAUACCUCCGAGCCUCAGCCCCAGCCCCAACCCCAGUCACACCCAGAGCUCUUCCCCAGACGCCCAUGCCCAUGCCCGCGCAGCUCGAAGAGAAGAACAAGGACACCCGGCUCGCUCCGCUCCUCGUAGUGUCCCCAGUUCGAGCCCGGGCCUCGGCCUCAAUCUCAAUCUCAACCUGAAUACGGUCAGUUCUAUCGAAGAUGAAUUCAACGACGAAUUCGUCACGCAGAUCUAUAAUUAUCUAUCCCUCGGAUACCCCUGCGUGGCACGAUACUACGACCAUGAAUUGAGCAAGAUCUCGGGUAUCCCAGUCGACGACAUGAGACAAGACGAUCUCCACACGGAUGCAAAGGGGUAUGUGAUGGCGCCCGAGAACGAAUUCGCCGUCGCUUGUACCCGAUGGAAGGCUCUUCGCUUGUAUAUUCAGGAAUGGGCCCGGCAACAACCUAAUAUGGUCGAGGAGAAGAAGUGGGGUGUUGGUGUUCCAGAAAGACGUGGGAGCUGGGCCUUCUAG